AACCGGGUCAGAGCCAGAGGAGAACCGGGUUCUGUAACAGGGAAGAGAAGAAUCGGGAGGCUGAAGACGAUGAUGAAGAUGUUGAUGAUGCUGCUGGGACUCUGCUGUUCAGGCAAGGAAUGCUGACAUCAUCAUCCUCCUCAUCAUCAUCACCUUCAUCAUCACCUUCAUCAGUCUCCAUGGUUCUCAUUCCUCAGUAGAGCCUGCAGUGUGCUGGGAGCCUCGGAGCUCGCCUUCCUGAUGGAGCCCAGGGACGUGAUCGCUGUCAGGGACCGCCCCCUGAUGCUGCAUUGCCAGGUAGAGGGGGAGGGCCCCGUCAGCAUCACCUGGAGGCAUAACGGUGUUCCCAUAGCAACCGGCGACAGGGCGGCGGUGCUGGCCAACGGCACGCUGCUCAUCAGGAACUUCGCCAAGAGGCGAGAGAGCAACGAGUCGGACGCCGGCGAGUAUGACUGCGCGGCGGAGAACCGCUACGGGUUGCUGAUCAGCCGCAAGGCGCGGGCGCAGCUGGCCUCGCUCCCAAAAUUCCUGUCCCACCCACAGUCCCUGGUGGUGGACGAAGGGGGUGUGGCCAGACUCAGCUGCCAGGUGAACGGGAUUCCUGAGGCAAACAUCACCUGGCAGAAGGACCGCCUCCCUCUGAGCACCGCCGACCCCAGGUACACUCUGCUCCCCAACGGCGUCCUGCAGGUGACCGCCGUCCAGCGUUCCGACGGCGGUCUGUUCCGCUGCGUCGCCUCCAACAUGGCCAACACGCGCUACAGCCGCGAGGCCCGGCUGUCCGUCACCGUUGCAGGGUCCAGAACCUACAAGGAGCCUGUCAUCCUCUCUGGACCUCAGAACCUCACCAUCAACAUCCACCAAACCGCCAUCUUGGAAUGCAUCGCAACAGGAAACCCGCGCCCCAUUGUGUCCUGGAGUCGCCUUGACGGCCGGUCCAUCGGCGUGGAGGGCGUCCAGGUCUUGGGGACGGGGAACCUGAUGAUCUCGGAUGCAUCUCUGCAGCACUCCGGGGUCUACGUCUGCUCCGCCAACCGGCCCGGCAGCCGGUCCAGAAGAACUGCGCUGGGACGCCUGGUGGUGCAAGCUCCUCCAGAGUUCGUUCAGUGGCCGCAGUCCGUCUCCCGGCCAGCAGGGGGCAGCGCCGUCUUCAGCUGCACCGCCACCGGCGUCCCCCAGCCGCACCUAAUCUGGCUGAAGAACGGCAAGCUGCUGGCACCCAGCGCCAACGUCAAGCUCACCAACGCCAACACGACGCUGGCCAUCACGCGCAUCUCCGCAGAGGAUGAGGCGAUCUACCAGUGCAUCGCGGAGAGCGGCGCCGGUACCAACCAAGCCAGCGCCCGGCUGGCGGUGGCCCCGGGGCCGGCGCUGCCUGAGGCGCCCACCGGGCUGCGCGCCGCCACCCUGAGCGCCACAGGUUUACGGCUCACCUGGGACCGGCCCGACCCGCUGGACGCUCGGCGGGUCAUCGGAUACGUGCUGCACAUCCGCAGGCUGGGGGAACACGACGGCGCCGAGCUGCAGGAGGCCGUGGACCAGAACACCUUCAGCCACGACGUCCAGAACCUGGAGGCCGCCACCAGCUACCGUGUCUACCUGAAGGCGUAUUCUGCUGAGGGCGGCAGCCCGCCGUCCGCCACCGUCACCGCCACCACACUGGGCGGAGUUCCCAGUACUCCCAGUUUCUUCACCAAGGUGCUGAACCAGACAGCCAUGCAGGUGUACUGGGAGCUGCCCAGUAAGCCAGGGAAGGUGGAGGGCUUCAGGCUGCAGUAUCAUGGGGUCUCCAACCCCGACAUCCAGGGGCAGGAAGUCUUCCCAGGACACAUCAACACUCACACCAUCUCCAACCUGGAACCAGCAGCGGUUUAUGAGAUCCAGCUGGUGGCGUUCAAUGGGAACGGAGACAGUUCGUCCGCUCGACGCCUGGUGUCUCUGGCAGAGGGCGGAGCCUCAGCAGCAGCUGGUGCGAGCUGUAACUGCGACCAGUCUGACCCGUCCAAGUCGACGCUGCUGGUCGGCGUCCACAGCGGCCUGGCCUGCGUCCUCUGCUGCCUGCUCUUCAUCCUGCUGGCGUACAGACGCAGUUUUAUCUGCAGAAAGGAGAGGAGCUGGGAGACUCCAGCCACCCUGGCUGCAGUGAGAGGGGCUAAAGGUCAAAGGGCGGAGAGCGUUGAGCUGAGCCAGAGAUGUGACUCCGCCUCUCCUCCAGUGACCGUCAUGGUCCAGUCGAGUCGAUCUGCUGAAUCUGGACCUGGAUAACCCCCCCACCUGGACCCCCCCACCUGGAUAACCCCCCCACCUGGAUAACCCCCCUCCCCCACAUGUACCCCCCCCCUCCGACAGCCACCUUUAAAUGAUGAGGCUGCAGAGACUGACCGCUCUGUUCACUACUUCUCUCACAUUGAGCCAAAGCUGAGCCCCUCUGACCCGGUACCAUGAUGACCUGGUCACAUUGACCCUGACCCCUGACCCCUGACCCGGACCGUCCUCUGGGAUCAGAGUCACUUCCUGCUCAAACCAAAACCUUUUUUCUUUAGUUUGGUGUCGUUUCCGUUUGAUCACCAACUGUGCCAAGUUCCCGCUGAUCUGACCAGAACCAGGCCUCAGAACCACCUGAGCAGGUAGCGGACCUGCUGGGCCUCUGGGGCCAGAACCAAAGGGAUUACCACGUUCUGGCCAGCAGGUGGCAGUAGAGUUCACUCUAGGUCAGAAAGUGGAGGAAGAGCUGCCCCCUCCACACCUACACCACUACCUCAGGCUUUGACCUCUGACCUCCUGCUGAUCAGGCCAAGCUACCUCACAACCAAAAGCUCCAUGAUUGCCCCUUGACCUCUGAACUCUGAGCUGCUGCAGAGGUGAAGCAGGACAGUUUGGACACGGUGGACACGUCUCUGUGGGACGUCCUCACCGUCUCUUUAUGAACACAUAAAGGCGGGCGUGGCCACUUCCUGUCGGCCAUGUUUCAGCGUACUUGUGCCGUGCUGGAGCCAAAUAUUAACACGCUGAACGGCAUCCAAAGAGGAAGUUCUGACCCAGAUUCAGUUUGUUUUCGCUCUGAAGAACAAAGGAACCAAAAUGACGAGUUUCUAUUGGACGACGAGUCCAAACAACCAAAUGAGAGACAGAUGGCGACACCUGCAGCUCCACCUUCACCUCUGACCUCCGAGGUUCAUAUGUAGAACCACAGAGGGCCUGGGAGUUCACAGAGUUAGGUUACAUGUCUGUACGGUGACCCCUGACCUCCGACCCUCUAUCCUCGGGGUCACAUGUCCGCUCUGCCAGGAGCUUCUUGCUGCCUUGGUGUCGGUUCUGGAGUGACCCGGUUUCAUGCAGAGCGAAGCCUUUAAUGUCGCUAAUUAUUCUGGUUUUCUAGAACUUUCUUCCGUCAGCUGAGUCCAAGUUUCAGUCGCCGCCAUCGGCGGCGGACAGGAAGCUCUGCCAAAUUCUGCUGAUGAGAAAACAAUUCCCGUAGGUCCAGAACCCGACCCGUUUUUACUCUGUUUGUAGAUGAAAACUGCUUCCAGCUGGAGGAGAUGGACCGGAACCAGGCCCAGAACUGGAACCAGAACCUUCCAGCUGGAGCAGCUCUAGAAGUUGUAGAUCAUAGAGAUGUGAGGCUAGAACCAAUGAUGAAAUGCUUUAAUGGUUUUCUAGUGAAGCGCGGAGCUUUAACUGAUUCUGAUGGAGAUUUUUGUCUGUUUUGAAUGAAUUUUCUGGAAUGUUUGAAUAUUUUUCUUGCUGUUGGAACAAGCAGCCAUUUUUCUCUCUGUUGUUUAGACGCCAAAUAAAAGUUAUUCAUGUAGAAACUGGACUGAAGUUCUGCUUCUUUUCACUCUGAGCCCUGUUCUGGUCGGGUCCACGUUGGCAGGAUCUAAUCAGAUGAUCUAUAAUAAGUAAAGUGAACAUUUUUAAAACCUGAACGGACAGAUCGACGUCCAUAAAGAGCUUAGGUCAGGGGUCACCGACCUCUUAGAGACUGGGAGCUGCUUCCCGGGUCCAGAGGGGCAACUGGUUUGAUUCAGACAUAAAUAUUGUUGUCUCAGCCUUUAUAACAAUAUUACAUAUAUGUAUAUAUGAUUAUAUUAAUGUUAGGGAAUACUGACAAUAGUUAUCAGUAAUAAUUUAUCAUGGCAGAUAUGGUUCAUUACCAUCAUGUGAGGAUAGUAAUGAACUACAGGAACUACAGGAGGAUCAGAAGUUCUUAGUUCAGAGUUGUGAGUUUGAUUCCCUGUUGGAGAUUUUCUGUCUGAUUCUAAAUUGUCCAAAGUGACUGAGAGUCUGGAUUGUU